AUGCAUUACAUACACAAUGGUGAAUCGUUUGUAACAGCAAAAUCAAUUAAAAAUGAUCAGUUUAUUUAUUUUGGUGGUGAAACUAUUUAUGUUAAAGAGAAACUUAUUGAUUUUCAAACGCAACUGGUCCAAGGUCACAUGCCAUUUGCGAGUUUUACGCAAGCAUUUAACACAAAAAUUGAUAUUUUACGUGAAAAUGCUGAUGACACAACUUCUUCACCAGUCCAACGUACAACAACAUAUAGACAAAAUCGAACAUCAAUACUAAGAAAACGGCGUUCAACGAUGACAACAAUGAACGAUAAACAUUUUCAAAUUACGUACAUGAUUUAUGAACUCAUGCAAAAAGGUGACAAUCGUUUCUGCUAUGGUCAUAAACCUUCUCUUGCUAAAAAACCGGCCGUGCAAAAGAUCAAUAGUGGACCGUUGCUAACUCAAAAACAGUUAAAGUUAGCAUUGGAAGCAGAAAAAGGAGUAAAUGAUGCCCGAAAAGAACAUUUAUGCAACGUGGUUAGAGGAGAUGCGAAUAACAAAAGUGUAUCAAAUUAUGGUAUUUUGGUCACAUUUAGCAACUGCUCAGUGAUUCUUGGUUUUGAUGAGUUGGCUCGUUCAGAAAGUAUGCGCCGAGUAGUUCGUCAUCUUCUUCGUAUUCUUAAAAAUGGUGAAUUACCUAAUCUUGGCAUGUACGAUACGGCAUGUAUGUUGAAAUUGUUCAUAUCAAACUGGUUCAACACAAAGUAUCUAAAGAAAUCCAAACGAACAAUAUUUUUAUCACGCAUGAAACUUGUCAUUGAUCGAUUUCACAAGGAGAAUCACAAGCGCGAUAUGUGCAAAACAGUAAUGCGUGCCGAUCAUCCAUCACACAACGGUGCAUUCAAGAACAUUGAUUCACAAGUUGCCGAACGUAUGUUUAGUUAUUUAACUAAUUUCAGCCACUGUGUUCGUGGCUACAGCUAUCCGAAAUCACCGGCAUUUUUUAUGAUUUUAUUUCAUUUAAAAAAUUGUCGAACAACUAAUAUUAAUCCAAAUGCACAAAGAAUUGGCUUACGAGUACUACCAAAGAACUCACAGAACAACAAGGCAUAUUUAUUCGCAACAUUGUGUUUAGAUCCCUCGUUCACAUCAGAUUUAUCUGGUACAUCAUCGAUUCAUACAUUUAUUACAGGCUUUACUCGACGUUUACUUAAUCGAACUGUUGUUCAGUCUGCGUCAACCAGUACCGAAACGAAUAUUGAUUCAGGAAACUUAUUAAGAUCAAUAAAACGAAAACGUGAUGAUAAAAGUGGUACUACACAAACAAAGAAAAAAUUCAAAAAAUAA